UUGGACGAGGUGGAGCAGAGCUUUCUACCAGGAGGACAAGCUCUUCUUACAUUCAAGAUUGUCGUAGAGUCUUACAAAUAUUCAAAGGAACUGGAAGUUAUUGACUACAAGAACAACAGCCUGGUGGUUGAUGUUGUUACGGCAUUAACGGCAAAAGUUCAGAACUCCAAUAUUACAACGGCCACUGAUGUAGUCAUUAAUUAUAUCAGGAAAUUCCGUAGUGUAGACAUACCCCUGGUAUACGGGUAUAUAGUAUUGGGAGAUGAACGGGCUGCAAGAGAUCUAGAAAUAUAUCUUCAAACAGAGAUCGACGUAGAUGAUAUUGAACUUGAUAUCCAUCGAGGAAGGAUUUCAGCUGUGAAAAGUGUGGAUAAAAAUUCUGUUGUUGAAUUGGUGAUUCAGCUGUUAGGGGAACCAUGGCCUUACAGUAUGAACGACGAAAGAAGUGAUCACAGGAUGAAUUUAACUGAUGUAUUUCUUCACCUGAUCCAACCCAAGUUCAAGAACGUAUUUGGAGAACACUAUUAUAGGACCGUGAUCAGCCACCUGGAUAAAACUACAGAAAGUAUUAUUGUGAUAUCUCACAUCCUACUUGACCCGGACCAAGAAAACCUGUAUCAUGCAACUAAAAUAUGGUACUCCGAGCUUGGUUAUGUGACCUUUGGACGUUGGAAACUGUUCCCCAGUAAUCUCGAGGUCACGAGGUCAAGGGUAGUGCCCAUCAGAUACUAUCCCUUUCUCUCGGAUAGAAGCUACCUAGCUCCUCAAGCUCCUGAGUUUCAGAACGUAUCUCCUAUCCUCACUAUUACCCUGCCAUCAGCCAUAGUUGUGUUCUGCUGCAUAAUAAUUGUUGUGGGGACGCUAGUCUUUAUGCAUUGGUUUGCUUUCGAAAAGGAUUCUGACAGAUAUAAGAUAUUUGCUACGGAUGCCAAAAAAUCCCCAAAAUAUCCAUAAAAAAACUAUUUUUUUUUCUCGCAAGUUCUGAGUUGGAAUUUAUCCAAGGAGAGAUUCAGUUUUCGCUUUUUAUAAAUUCCAAUUUACAUCUUUUAAAAGCUUCUUGUAGUCAUUAAAAAUUUUAGAUUAGAAGACGAACCGAAUAUCGGGAAUAACCAUAUUUAACCCUAUCCCUGCUGGGGUACUUGGGGAGGGGUCAAGUUGACUUGGAGGUCAACUUGUUUCAUGUCCAAAUAUGACAAAUAAUACAUCAUUGGAAAGCUUGUAUGCUCUACUUUUAUUAUCUGCAAAAAAAGCAAAUUUGCAAAAUUUUACAUUUUUUUGAAAAAUUGAGUUAGUAAAAAUGUUUGCAUAAAAAAUUGAGCAA